AUGACGACUGCCUGGGAAGGUGCAGGCAAAUGGCGGCGGUCGAAGAGUCCCAAAUCAUGGAUCCAGCUUUAUGACACAAAAGCAUCCGCGGGUCGUCUUGCUAAGGGUUUAGCAAGAAGGCUCUGCGACUAUCUCACUUUCCUUUUCCUCUAUAUCUCCAACAUUACCUUCCGCCCACAUCAUAAACGCCAAACUUCUUUUACGACAAGUCUUAAAAUUUUCGCGACAAUUUUCUUAAUAUUUAAUAUACAAGUUUGUCGCAGCGAAGUCAUUGAUAUACUCGUGGGUCUGCGGGACGGGAGUUCACAGCUCGUCUUUACACCUGAAGUUGUAUAUCAGAAAGUCGGAGAGCAAGUUCGAUUUCAAUUCUAUCCGCAGAACCAUUCGGUCGCGCAGUCUUCUCUCGACAGCCCUUGCUCCCCGCUUGGAGGAGAAUCAUCCACAGCCGGAUUUUUCUCGGGUUUCAAUUUUGUUAAAAGCGUCGACCAGCAAAUUCCGACAUUUACUAUCAAUAUCUCUUCUGCAGAACCUAUCUAUUUUUACUGCGCGCAAGGAAGGCAUUGUCAGAGCGGCAUGGUGGGAAUAAUCAACCCUCCGAACUCUGACACCAUCAGUACUUUUAAAGCAACGGCGUCAAAGGUACCUUUUACGCAGGUACCUCUUACCCCGCCUACGCAAGACCUGCCGUCUCCGAAGUUUUCCACAACGGCUGCUGUACUUCCUGGAGCGACCAAUGGAGCCGACCCGCAGUAUAUCCCUAACACCCCUGUCCCAAAUUCAGCAUCCCAGAGUCCCAGUGGGUUGUCUACAAGUGGGUACAUAGCGGUCGCAGGUGUAGGGGUUCUUCUUAUCGGUGUCGCAGCAAUUGUCGCAUGGUGUGUGGUUCUCCGUAAACGUCAACGGAAAGAACGGGCGGAGAGAAGGACAGCCCAUCUGGAGCGGGAACGUAGAAGACAGAACCAGCGCCAGCAUCAGCACCGGGGCAAGGAAGUUUCCCCCCGAUCGGACCGCCAUGUGUACCGUAACGUCGACGGGGACGCGCAGAUGAUUGAUUUGGAAGCCCUGCGGGUGGAUUCCAGUCCUCAGAUAGCAUAUGCAUACAGCUUCACAAGGCCAUCCGUGACCUCUGGCCAAUCGAGUGGGGGUGGGGGUCUCCAACGCCACUCAUCCAUGCUUGUGCAACGGCCUAUAUCACACGUUUCACCAACUACCACCGUUCCAAACAGGCGCUUCUCAGCGAACGUUAAUACGAUGCCGGUACCUCAUAGAUCCCGGUCGUCGACCAUGUCGUCUUAUCAGCAUCAUCGUUUGUCGAUGCCGAAUUCGCAGUAUUCGCAUCAUCAGUCCGUAAGAACGUCGUACCAAGCGGCACCUUCAACUUCUCACUCGAGGCAUGCGCCAUCAAGACGACACUCUACAAUGUCAAUACCUGUUCAACAAAACAACCGUCAGUCGAUCCUACGAAAGCCUAGUCCUAGCAAGCAAGCGCGGUACGAAGAACUACAGAAGGCAAAGGCGGAGAAGAAAAAGGCGGAAAGCAGAAACUCGAUCCAACCCACGCCCAGUCCUGUACCUUCGAGUCGGUCAACGCCCUCACCGCACACGAUGCCAAAGGGGAAGUGGAAAAUCUUCAAGAAAUCGACAUACCGACGACGUAUGGAAGUUAGAGAAAUAGAUAUCCACGACGAAAAUCGCCAUAAGGGAUCUAUAUCUGGGGCUAGUAGCAAACCAACUCCCAGCAUGAUUAUAAAAGCCGCAUCAGAGAGGACGGGUAGUGUUAGCGCCAAUGGUGGUGAAGGGUCUGCAGGUGUAAGUAUGAGAACCGGGACCGCUACAACAACUGCGGACACUCAAACGAGUGCACGGGGGACAACUAGCCAUACGGUUGAUAGUAGGGAAAUGCGAGGUGGUGGAUCGAUUGCUUAA